AUGGGCGGUGAAGCAACAGCAAGCGAGAAAGAGCUACAGGAGCGAGAAGACCAGCUUUCGCAGCAGAUUCAAGAUGAGAUUGUCAUGGGGUGUGUGGUCAACCUGGCGCUUUGGCCUGUGCUGCUAGGAGCAGCGGCAUAUGUGGCAUACAAGUACAACUGCAGCUGGGUCCCGUAUCCUUUCAUCGACGAGAAGUUCCACGUGGGCCAGACAGUGAGGUAUCUUGCGGGAAGGUGGCGCGAGUGGGACAGCAAGAUAACGACACCUCCGGGGCUGUACGUGAUUGGGUGGGCAGUCCAGCGGACGGUAGGACUUCUGGUGGGGUGGAACACACUGAGCCUACUCCGCUUGUCCAACGUAAUAGGGGGGCUGGUUGUGUGGCCGUGGUUUGUGCUGCGGCCCCUGUACUUCUUCAAUGCGCUUGCAUUCUGGCCCGCGACGCUGAGUGUGUUUCCGUUGCUAACGUCGUACUAUUUUCUAUACUAUACGGACGUUUGGUCUACUAUCCUGAUCGUGGGGAGUCUCACGCUGGCCGUCACGGUACCAUUCGGCGAGCGCGCAAGCAUAUGGGCCAGCGCUAUAUGUGGGCUGCUAAGUUGUCUCUUCCGGCAGACCAACAUUGUGUGGAACGCCUUUGUGCUGGUGGUGGUUUUGGAGCGGCGUACUAUGAUACACAAGGGAUUUAACUCGCUGCGCAUCAACAACUACCUGAAGCUAAUUAUUCACGGGAUUGAAAACUGGAACAGCCUGGUGUUGCCCUACGCGGUCAACUUUGCUUUAUUCCUGAUCUUCUUACUAUAUAACGGCUCGGUAACACUGGGUGACAAGUCGAGCCAUGUUGCAGGAUUCCACCUGGUGCAAAUGUUCUACUGCCUGCUAUUCAUUACAUUCUUCAGCGUCCCUGUCUGGUUUUGCCGCUCCUUCCUGCUGAAUUAUGUCUCGAGGACAGUGGUAUACCCGAUAUGGACCAUAUUCGAGAUAUUAGGGAUCAUGAUGAUCAUCCGAUUCUUCACCGUGGUGCAUCCAUAUCUCCUCGCGGAUAAUAGGCAUAUCGCCUUCUACUUGUUCAAGAAACUGAUUGGCCGCAACCGUUUCCUGAAGUACUUCGUUAUGGCGCCCAUUUACCACUUUUCGACAUUUGUAUACCUGGAAGCAGUGAGACCAACGGUAUUCUUCUUUCACCCCAUUCUCCCCAUCGAAGUGAAAAGUCCAGUCGAUUUGCCAUUGCAAUUUACUCACAUUUCGUGGUCAGCCUUGAUUAUAUGUACCCUGCUUACCGUUGUUCCCUCUCCGUUAUUUGAGCCCCGGUACUACAUCCUUCCCUACAUCUUCUGGAGGAUAUUUUUGCUGGUGUCACCAGAACCGUUUUUCGCUGUACCAACUGAAAUGACAUAUAGGUUCGGGAACACCAGAAGAUUGGCUGUAGAAUUCCUGUGGUUCAUACUGAUAAAUGCCAUUACCAUAGUGAUCUUCGCGACAAAUGCAUUUGCUUGGGAGACAGAGGCAAGCCUACAGAGAAUUAUUUGGUGA